UCUCCCUUAUUGAGACAUCACCAAAACCAACUGCCAGUCCACACUGUGGUGUCUCCAGCCAACAAACGUCAACAAACGCAGACAGUCGGCCCACACUGACCCAACUGUUGGUGUUUGUUGGCUUUUGUUGGAGCAGUGUGCAAGCUCCUUUAGGGAAAUUUGAGUGUUACUUCCCCCAGAGCCAUAUAGGGUGCUGACUACCCACCCCCAUCUGAAAAUUCCGGUAACACUUCACAGUAAGGGUACAUGAAUUAUCAUGAAUUCAUGCUUGAAUUAAUUCAUGAUUUAUGUAUUACUUCAUUCCUUAAUAUCUCACGAAUCAUCAGGAAUUGACAUGAGUUCAUGAGUCUGUCAUUCGUGACCUCAUACAGUACAAGAACAGCACAUCACCUAACGCAUUAAGUAUGGUGGGCACAUCAGUAUGAAUUAUGAUUUAUUGCAUGAUUAUUUGUUUUUCUGCCAAAAAUGUGGUCACUGCUCAAAUUCUGAUUUGAACACAACACAUGUCAUUAUUCACCACUUUAGUUGAAGGGCCACAGACAUGAUGAACCCAUGAGCAAUCCAACUGUCUGUCACAUAACAUUACUUUCAAGAGAUGGCAAUGUCAAAGAGAGUUGGAUUCUGUGCUAGGCUAUUUCUUUCCAAUCUUGCAAUGAUCUCAAAGUCUCAGGAGAGUUGUGAAAGACGACAGGUGGGGGGCAACAGUCCAAUGGAGCUGGUGUUACCAUUUCCCUCUCGCUCUGUUGGGCCCUGUGUACAAGUGUGGAGACAUGAACCUCUUCUCCGUGGGAGAAGAAUAUUUUGCCUGGACUACCCACAGAUACACAGAAGAUGGGGACUAAUUAUUGGGGUAACACUGGCUUUCCUGCUUACUUUAGUUGUCCUGGGAAAUUGUGCCUGGUACCAGUUUUUGAAAAGAUUCUCAGAUUUAGUUUCCAGUAGACCUGUUUUGCUAGUAAGUUCCUCAGAUGAGACAAGCCAUGUCUCAGCAGUUUUAGCUCUCGCUUCUGGCCUAGAAGCAGAGCUGAACUGCAGCGUGCGACUUGCUCUGUGGGACCACUGUGCCUCACAGGACUCUGUAGCUCAUCUGGGGCCUGUCCCCUGGCUUCACACACAGUGGCAAGCGGUGUUACAGACUGGAGGCGUGAUACUAAUUGCUUGGAGUUCCAGUGCUUCUGGUGCCUACAAUUUCACAGGAGAACGUGGGGAGACAGAGGAUGGAAAUAAAAAAAACAGACACCCAUAUUUAGACUGUGAACAUUUGCAAUUUUCGAGUUUUGAGUAUGAUGAAAACCAUGAGACAUGUGAUUAUGAAAUGAAAGCGUGGACCUACAGAUUAAAAGGAGAGGAAGACACAGAAAGAGAAGAGAAGACUUCAGUGACUACUCAAGUGCUUGUUGCUACUCUUUCAUGUCUUCAAGCUACACUGCAGUCAGGCCUCCAGAGUAAAAAAAUAAUCUUACUUCAUUUUGAGAGAAAGGGCUAUAGUGACAGUGAGACCGAUGGGGAUCUUCCAGCUGUGCUACACACCUUGCCAACUUAUUAUUUGCCACAGAACCUCCCUAAACUUGUGUUAGAGCUGAGUAUGGGCCCCAAUAAAAGGAAUGCUCAAAAUCAAGGACAAGAAAGGGUGGGCAAAAAUUUCAGUGGCUGGUUGUGGUUGGCUGGAACUUGUUGGGCCCAUCAUGUGUCAUGGCGGCUUGCACAAAAAUGGACAAAUUGUCUCCAGUAAGGCUGAGUUCCAGAAUGGAGAAUAUACAGGCGAUGCUUUGUACAGAAAAAGAACAUCUCUCUCAUUACUUUUGCUAACUUCCAUAGCAGCACAGAUGUGUCAAAUUGUGAUUGUGUUUUGCAACAAUUCAUUUGAUUUGAUGCUUCUAGGCCCAUAACAUGUCUAUUGGACCCAAUACCUUCUAGUCUAUUUAAAUAACUGUUGCCUGUUUUA